AUGAUUCAUGCUGUUCUGAUAUUCAAUAAAAAAUGCCAACCAAGGUUAGUGAAAUUUUACACGCCUGUAGAUCUGCCUAAGCAAAAACUGCUAUUGGAGCAAGUAUAUGAACUGAUUUCCCAAAGGAAUAGCGAUUUUCAAAGUUCUUUUUUAGUCACACCGCCAUCGCUUUUACUCAAUAAUGAAAGUAAUAAUGUUGAGGUAAACAAUGAGGACAUUCAGAUCAUCUACAAAAACUACGCUACAUUGUAUUUCACUUUCAUCGUAGAUGAUCAAGAAUCAGAACUAGCUAUAUUAGAUCUAAUCCAAACUUUUGUAGAAUCACUUGACCGUUGUUUUACUGAAGUCAAUGAACUUGAUUUGAUUUUCAACUGGCAAACUUUAGAAAGUGUGUUGGAAGAAAUUGUACAGGGCGGUAUGGUCAUUGAAACAAAUGUAAACAGGAUAGUUGCUUCUGUUGACGAACUUAACAAAGCUGCUGAAUCUACAGACAGUAAAAUAGGAAGACUGUCGUCUACUGGUUUCGGGAGUGCACUACAAGCUUUUGCUCAAGGUGGAUUUGCACAAUGGGCUACUGGACAAUGA